UUCAUUUGCUGUUUUAGGUGGAAAUGGGCAUGAAGAACCAUGAAAUAGUCCCUGCUAGCUUAAUCGCUUCCAUCGCCAGCCUUAAACAUGGAGGCUGCAACAAAAUUUUGAGAGAGCUGGCAAAGCACAAACUGCUGGCCUAUGAGCGAACAAAAACUGUCCAGGGCUACCGGUUAACUAAUGCAGGAUAUGAUUACCUUGCUUUGAAAACACUGUCGUCCCGGCAAGUCAUCAGUUCUGUUGGAAACCAGAUGGGUGUUGGUAAAGAAUCAGAUAUUUAUAUUGUUGCAAAUGAAGAGGAGCAGCAGUUUGCAUUGAAAUUGCACAGGCUUGGAAGAACUUCCUUUCGCAGCCUUAAAAAUAAACGUGACUACCACAAGCACAGGCAUAAAAUGUCAUGGCUGUAUUUAUCCCGGCUAGCAGCAAUGAAGGAGUUUGCCUACAUGAAGGCACUGCAUGACAGAAAAUUUCCUGUGCCAAAAGCUGUAGACUACAACAGGCAUGCAGUAGUUAUGGAACUUAUUAAUGGCUAUCCCUUAUGCCAAGUGCGCCAAAUGGAAGAUCCUGCCUCUGUCUACAGUGAAUUAAUGGAUCUGAUUGUAAAACUUGCUAAUCAUGGUUUGAUUCAUGGUGAUUUCAAUGAGUUUAAUCUCAUAUUAGAUAACGAUGACCGUGUCACCAUGAUUGAUUUCCCUCAGAUGAUAUCAACAUCACAUCCAAAUGCUGAAUGGUAUUUUGAUAGAGAUGUUAAAUGUAUUAAAGAGUUCUUUAAGAAACGUUUCAGCUAUGAGAGUGAACUCUUUCCCACGUUCCAGGAUAUCAGGAGAGAGUGUUCUCUUGACAUAGAGAUUGCUGCCAGUGGCUAUACAAAAGAAAUGCAGGAAGAUGAUGAACUGCUUUACCCAGCAGGUCCUGACGAGGAUGAUCAUAAAACAGAGACAUCAGACUUUGCAGAAGAGCCUGAAGGUAAACUCAACGUCCUCAGCGCAGAUAAAGAAAACAGGGCAGACUUUGUGCGUGAAGUGGAUGAUUUCUCUGAAAGCAGAUCCUCUAAAGACUUGAUGAAUUGCAAUGAAGAGGCUGAUAUGACUGAAAGUAGUGAAAAUACACAGACACUGAGUAUGUCAGAGUUGAGUUCUGCCUUAGAAAAAGUUGAGAGGCAAACUACCCUUUGGAACAUGAGUGAUGACGCAGAGAGUUCUGUAACUGCUUUUUCUGAGGACAAAAGGAUAACUGAAAAUGCUGCUGAAGUUGAACAUCAGACAGGUCAAGGAGAAGGCCCCGAUGACAAGGACAAUGAAGACGAAUGCCCUGAUCUGGUUGACUUGUCAACAUUAAACAAGCAAUUCAGGCCUUACAGAAACGAGGAGAGUAUGGCUCAUAUCAAUGAGCACAGAACAAGGACUAAAAGUAUCACAUCAGUCAGCAGCGUUGGGAGCUGUUCAACCAUUCCACCGGAAGUGGUGAAACGGAAGAUAAAACGUCAGCUGACCAAGCAACAGAAGGCCGCUUUGAGGCGGCGGCUGCAGAAAGGAGAGGCAAAUGUUUAUACCCAACAGCGUCGAGAAAAUAUGCAGAACAUUAAGUCAAGCUUGGAUGCGGCUAGUUUCUGGGGAUAAUUUAUUGAACCUUCCUCUAGAACGUCAGAAAACUCAUAAUAUAUAUAUAUAUUUGAAGUCAUUACAUUCUGGAGCAAUAACCUUUAUAUACAAUGGAAUGUUUUUUUCCAAAGCUAAUAAACAUCAUUUUGG